GAGUUCCAAAACUGAACAAGCUACUCAAGAUGGGUGAUGUCAAGCUUGCUGUCUUGGGUGACAAAGGGACAGGGAAGUCAGCUCUUACAGUAAGGUUUCUUACCAAGCGGUUCAUUGGAGAAUAUGAUUCUAAUUUUGAAUCUAUCUAUAAUAAACACUUGUGUUUGGAAGGGAAACCAUUAAAUCUGGAAAUAUAUGACCCAUGUUCUCAACCUCAGAAAGCAAAAUGCUCCCUCACAAGUGAGCUGCACUGGGCAGAUGGCUUUGUGAUUGUGUACGACAUCAGCAACAGGCCUUCCUUUGCUUUUGCGAAGGCCCUUAUCUACAGAAUUCGGGAGCCACCGACGACUCAUUGUAAAAGGGUGGUGGAACCAGCUGUGGUUUUAGUUGGCAACAAGCAAGACCUCUGCCACAUGCGAGAGGUUGGCUGGGAUGAAGGGCAAAAGCUAGCGAUUGAUUUCCGCUGCCAAUUCUGCGAGCUGUCUGCAGCAGAGCAGCCCUUGGAGGUUGAGGUGAUGUUUCUCAGACUCAUCAAAGACAUUCUGAUGAUCUUCAAACAUAAGGAGAAGAGAAGACCCAGUGGGUCUAAAUCAAUGGCCAAACUGAUCAAUAAUGUAUUUGGAAAGAGAAGGAAAUCUGUUUAGUAGACAUAUAAUCCUGUGGAAUUGAUCCAUCA